GAAUGUGGUUUGUUGACACAGACAACGUCAAAGAAAACCGAAGCCAUGGAAGAUCAAAGCCAUGGAGAAGGAGAAAUGGAGCAUUCUAACAAGCCAUUUUUCUCAUCUUCUUCCCCAUUUUUGUUUGUGUUGGUUUCACUUCCUUCUCUUGUUUUAGUAUCUCUAGUUUGUAAAGUUGAUGUGGAGGUUCCUUCUGUUUGGACAUGGAGGACUGGCUUGGAUACAGACUUCUCACACCUUAAUUCUUCAAAUAACAUCUCUCCUCAAGCUGCUGCUACUCCCCCUCAAGCUGAAGAAGCACAAGAAACAGUAGCUGAAAGCAAAGAAUCCAAUGGAAAAGGUGCAAAUUCAGAGAUAAUUAGGAGCGUUAAGAGAUACAGUAAAUUGAGAAAAAUAGAGGAGAAAUUGGGAAGAGCAAGAGCAGCCAUAAGAGAAGCUGGCCAAGUUCAUAAUCUUACAUCUAUGCAUGAUGAUCCUGGCUAUGUUCCUCGUGGCCCAAUUUACAGGAACCCAAAUGCUUUCCACAGAAGUUAUCUUGAAAUGGAGAAACUGUUGAAGAUAUAGUAUAAAAAAGGAGAGCCUCCAAUGUUCCAUGAAGGUCCAUGCAAAAGCAUAUAUUCCACGGAAGGAAGAUUCAUUCAUGAAAUGGAAAAGGGAAACAUUUAUACAACCAAUGACCCAAAUCAGGCCAUUCUCUACUUCCUCCCAUUCAGUGUUGUCAAUUUGGUUCAAUAUCUCUAUGUACCAAAUUCUCAUCAAGUUAAUGCCAUUGGAGUUGCAGUCUCAGACUACAUCAAUGUCAUCUCCAACAAACAUUCUUUUUGGAACCGCAGCCUCGGCACUGACCAUUUCAUGCUCUCUUGCCACGAUUGGGGGCCACGAACGACUUCGUAUGUUCCGCUUUUAUUCAAUAACUCGAUCAGGGUAUUGUGUAAUGCGAAUGUUUCCGAAGGUUUCCGUCCCUCCAAAGACGUUUCGUUUCCUGAAAUAAAUCUUAGGACGGGAGAGAUCGAUGGACUUCUCGGGGGACUCUCACCUUCUCGUCGACCAAUUCUCGCGUUCUUUGCAGGUCGUCUACAUGGCCACAUAAGGUACCUACUCCUGCAGAACUGGAAGGAAAAGGAUGAUGAUGUGCAUGUGUACGACGAGCUUCCGAGCGAAAUGUCCUACGACUCGAUGCUGAAGAAGAGUCGGUUUUGCUUGUGCCCGAGUGGGGAUGAAGUAGCGAGUCCAAGGGUUGUGGAAGCCAUUUAUGCAGAACGUGUUCCUGUGUUGAUAUCAGAGAGCUAUGUUCCUCCUUUAAGUGAUGUUCUGAAUUGGAAUUCAUUUGCUGUGCAAAUACAAGUGAAGGAUAUACCAAAAAUAAAAGAGAUACUGAAAGGGAUAUCUCAAAGUCAGUACUUGAGAAUGCAGAGGAGAGUGAAGCAAGUGCAGAGGCAUUUUGUUAUCAAUGGAACUCCCAAGAGAUUUGAUGCUUUCCAUAUGAUACUUCAUUCUAUUUGGUUCAGAAGGUUGAAUCUACGUAUUCAAGAUUAUUGACGUUGCCAACCUGAGUCUCACUCUCAUAUAUUGUUGUACUAAAAAAAAUAAUUGAUGUCUCAUCUUUCAUCUGCCUAACAUAAACAUUUUUUCAAUGUAUCUUUUUGUAGGGUCCAAAAAACAGAUAAAAUACCUCAGAAAAGAAAGGAUAAA